AUGGCCAUGAUCUGCGGGUUGGCAAUGAUAGCUUUUGUGGUGUCGUCUGCGUGCGCGAUUAUUGCUCUCAUUCUGGGAGCGCUCUCCUGGUCCCGUACCGCAUCGCUAUUUCUCCCCUUCCCUCAAUGGAUCCCAGUCAUCACCACUCUCUUCCCUCUGAUUACGGUACUGGCAUUGUACCUCGCCAAUCGACUGUCCUCCACAGCCGGAGCAGACAAUACUCAUCCCUUUAACCACUGGCAAAGGCUGUUUCCCAUCGCGGACCAUCUCCACUCGAUCAUAUCGGCGAUCAUUGCCACCGUGGCUCUCGCCUAUCUAUACCCUGAGAAUGUUUUGACCUGCAGGUUAGAGCAGGAAUGGCAAGAGUACUUCCGCUUAAAAGACGCACAGCCUAUUCGUACCAUUCAGGAUGAAUUCCGCUGCUGCGGAUUUCGGAGCAUCCAUGAUCGAGCCUGGCCGUUCAAGGACCGGACCCAUGGGGACGACGCCUGCGAGGUGCAGCUUGGGUACGGACAGAGCUGUCUGGUUCCAUGGACGCAGCAGCAGCAGAGCGCGUCGUGGAUGGUUUUUGCUGCUGCUGUGUUGACACUGUUCAUGAAGGUUGCGUUCUACCAGGCCAUGCGAUCGAGCUGGAUAAACACUCGAUUCGGAAGACAGGCACCGGAGUACCAGCAGAUUACACAUCCUGGACUGGAGGAUGAAGAUACUGAUGGUGAUGCAGAGGAGAGUCGGUAUGGGGCCUUCUUGCCUCGUGCGCAUCCGAGGUAUGACACCGAAUGGAAUGAGCGGUAUGGAUACUUGUUGAGGUGCUUGCAGAUUGAUUUAAUGGGCCACACUGCACCGUUGAAGCCGAUGUCAGCGUCGUUGAAUCUUUCUGCGAUCAUGUCCAUGAGGAACCCGGCUGGAAUGUGUUAUUCAUGCAGUCAGCAACCCACGAUGGGUCCCAGAUCCAAAGGUCUGAAGGUAUUCUCUUCCCGGUCCCGGACUGGAUGCCGCACCUGCCGGGCAAGGCGCAUCAAAUGCGACGAGACCCCGGGAUCAUCAUGCACGAACUGCACCUCCACGGGCCGGACCUGUGAUGGAUACCCCGUCUUCCAGCUCCCCGCAAAAGCGCGCUUCCGACCCGGGCUCCGACCCAUCGAUAUUAACCUCCCUGGUAUGACCUCCGAUGAACGACGAUGUCUCGCCUUCUUCCAAAGCCAUACUAUGCCGAUGAUGACAGGGCUGUUCGACUCCGAAUUAUGGCAACGGAUUGUUCUGCAGAUGAGUCAGGCUGAGCCGGCGGUCGGGCACGCUGUGGCGGCGCUGGGGGCACUUCAUGAGGACAAUGAGAUGAUGUCGGGGGCGGUUGUGAAGAAAAGUAAAGACUAUCGACUCUUCGCGCUGGAGCAAUACGGUUGCGCAAUAAAGGCUCUCCGCCAACGACUCGGAUCCAAUGACCCCCAGCUCCGAGUAACGGCCCUGGUGUGUUGUAUUAUCUUCAUUUUCUUCGACUUUAUCCAGGAGAACUACCACAAUGCGCUGAUGCACCUCCGGAAUGGGGCGUAUAUCUUGGUGCAUGACACGGGCCCGCAGGCUCGUUCGUCUAUCCUGACGGGUUUGGAUACUUUUACUGCCGAAACUGCGCUUAGUCGCACGUUUGCGCAUUUGACUGUCCAGGCGGCGCACUUUGAUUCCUCCGAUUCUGUUAUCAAACUACAUCCGUCGGACAUGCACCUCGCGGAGUUUCACUAUGAUAGUCUAGAGUUGGAAAGUCUUCAAGACGCAAAGGAUAAGCUCGAUCCGAUGAUCAACAACAUGGUGCGGUUCUGGCCGCGCUGUGAAGCAGCUCUCCGCAAUCACUCCACAGACUACGCUUCUCUUUGUCUCGAGCAACAAACUCAGUACACGAAUUUGCAACACCACAUUCGUGCAUUUGAAGCUUUCCUCUCACGAUAUCGCCCCACCACGGCAAAAGGAGUCCGGAGCAUAGACACAAUCCGUCUGUACCAGAUCAUCCUAACCACCGGCAUCGGGGCCUUUCUUGAGUUGAGAGAAACCGUAUACGACCAGUAUCAAGAGGAGUGGAAGCGAUCCGUCGAUCUUACCGAGAAGAUCAUCACCAGUUUCAAGACUGAGCGUGCGGAUAAUCAUCUCCCUAACGUGGUUUCUGACCUGGGGGUCCUGCUGCCUCUGACGUGGGUGGGGUUUAAGUGUAGAGAUGUUAAGAUUCGGGGUCGAGUGCUGGACCUGUUUCAGUCGUGGCCGCACCGGGAAGGACCGCAUGAUUCGAUGGUCUUGUUUUAUCAGGUGCGAGAGGCUGCGGCUAUAGAGCGGGAGGCGGCUGGGCAAGAUGGGUAUGUGCCGGAGUAUUCGAGAGUUCGGAUGGUGAGCUUUGAGAAGAUGGAGGGCGGAAGACAAGCGGUGUUGCUUUAUGCAUUGUCGGAUCCGGAGGCACGGGAGUUGCAGAUGCGGCGGCGAGUGUUUACGAUGGAUGAGAAAUGA